AUGCUGCGUGACUUAGUGAACAAACCGCAAAAAACAGAACCACGGUCGAUUUUAUAUUUUCGACGUUCAGUAAUUACGUUUUCGUUAAUAUUAUUGAUUACAUCCUUUGUGAUAUUAUGCCAUAAGGUGCUUAAUGAGAAGUCUACUAUUAGUUCCACUUUUACAACAAGCAGUAGUUUACCCGCGCCAGCCAUUAAUUUGGCUUUUGGGUUUGAGUUUAAUAUUUCUUGCUUAUUGUAUUACGAUUAUCAUGGAACAAUAGUAAAAAAUUGCGAUGAAUAUGUCCAACAACCAAAACUUACGGAAAACGAAGAUCAUUCUUUUGUUGGAAACUUUUUAGGCAACAUAAGUUUGAAGGGCUAUGGUGAUGAAGGAGGAGUACUUUUUGUUUUUCUUAAUAUAAACAUCAACAAUAAAUUAUUGAACCUGAAUGAUUCCAAUCAAGAAACAUCCUUUAGGAUGAUUGCUUUUGAUUCAGAAGACACGCAGAGUAAUGCUCCAGUAACUCCAUUUGAAGAAUCACUGUUUUACCUAAACAAAUAUACCGUAGCUGAACAUUUUAUAUAUAAGUUAGGAUUCUCUAGAAAAUUCAGAAAAACGCUAGUUCCGACACUUUUAACUUAUAUAGGUUUCCAAGGAACAUACGUUACAAAACCUUAUAUUGAAUCAAUUAUGCAGAUUGCUCCGAUGAUUUCUUCAAAUCCAAACUAUUUAACAAUACGGAUUAGUCCACGAAGCUUUAUUGUAGAAGAGGAACAGGAGCAAAGGAACGGUAAUAUUAUAAACAUACUAGGAAAUAUUGCUGCUUUAUAUAGUUCUAUUGUGUUCAUUUAUGUGUUUUUAUUUGGUGUUGAUUCCAUGAGACCAUGGGGUUUUGUACAUAAAGGAUGUUGCGGUUUCAGAAGAUUUGAAGAGAGAACCAAAGAAAAGCUCUCACAAAGUGUGCGAGCGCCUGAUUUAGAAGCUGGUUUUGAAGAGAGAAUCUUAUAUUUGGAAAAAUUUAGACGUUUUCUUGAAAAGAAUGUGAUCGACGCUUCUUUAUUAGAAUCCAUUGGAGAAACAACAAGUCAAUGA